CUAUCACACAUCUGUUUGACCGUCACCAGUUAAUUCGUGAUGGCAGUUAAUCUGGAACACCGGUUCCUCUACUGCACAGUGUGAAGAGGGAAAGACAGUACACGUAGUCAGUUUAGACCUUACAACCACACCCAUGUUUUCUUUUACCUGAAAUUCAGUACCAUUGGAACUGUGGACAGUCCUGUGCUACAAUUGGAGAUAAGGGCUGUUUGCUUAUCAUGAGGGUUCAAAACUUUUUUGUCCCAAUCCAGCUAAAAACGUGUGGCUGCAUCUUACUUGUGCUGGCUGUGUUUGUCCUAAUCACGGACAUUCUGGAGAAGUUUCACAAUAAAGUGAACAACACCAAAAUCAUCCAUCCACCCACCAUUUCCGAUGUUACUCCACCUGCUGGCGUGUGGUACAACUUCUGCAAGCUAAAACCACUCUCCCCUAAGGAAGCCUUUGAAGAAGACCUCUUGCUACAGUCCAUUGCUUGGCCUGACACUCCACCUUUACAAUCUCUUUCCCUGAGAAAGUCCAGUGACCCAGCCCACAGCACCUUCACCAUUCUCGAUAGGAUGGGAGGAGGACAGUGGCAAAUAGGGGAUAAGAUGGAGGUUAUUAUUAAAAUGUAUGAUUUCCAGGGCUGUCCAAAGAACUGUGGGGGAGACGUCAUAGUCGCUCGCCUACACAACCCAACUCUUGGUGCAGGUGUAGCAGGGAAAGUAGUGGAUCAUCUCAAUGGCUCCUACUCUGCUGUAUUCUCUUUACUCUGGGAAGGAAGUGCACAGGUUGAGGUAAUACUGGUUCACCCCAGUGAGGCAGUCACAGUGCUGGGCAGACUCACCAGAGAACAGCCGGAUAGAGUUUUUUUCGAAAGCCAGUUCCGCUCGGGGAUUGUCAGUGAAACUACCACCUGUAAUGUAUGUUUGCGUCCAUCCCGGCAGCCUAUGUGCAACUACACUGACCUGCAUACAGGUCAGCAGUGGUUCUGCUACAAGCCAAAGAAGCUCAGUUGUGAUGCCAGGAUCAGUCACUCCAAGGGGGGAUUUACACAAAACAUCACCGUCAUGGAGAACAAGCUGUUUCAAAGGUAUGCAUUAUCUAUUUUGUAUGUCUGUAGUGAGAGUAUGUUGAUUUUUUUUUUUUUUUACCUUUCAGGUCAGAUCUCAAGGCAGCCAGAGGUGAUUCUGGAUUCUGGUCCCUCUGGAUAUUACUACCAGGGUGUGUGGCGAGCUUUAGGUGGCACCACAGUUUGGCAGUUUAACACUUCCUCAGCCAUUACUCAGUGUCUGAGAGGAAAGGUGAUUAAAAUGUACGGAGACUCCACCAUCAGGCAGUGGUUUGAAUACUUUAAUGGAGCACUAUCAGGUCUCAAGGAGUUUAACCUACAUAGUCCUAAGCAAAUUGGACCUUUUAUUGCCCUGGACUACCCAAAUAACAUCUUCCUGACGUACCGUUGCCAUGGUCCUCCUAUCCGGUUUAAGAAUGUCCCCAUCAGCGAGCUGCAUUAUAUUGCCAAUGAGCUAGACAAUGUGAUUGGAGGCAGCAACACAGUUGUAGUUCUUGGCAUUUGGUCACAUUUCAGCACUUUCCCCAUUGAAGUCUACAUCAGACGGCUGCAGAGCAUCCGCAGGGCAGUGGUGCGUCUGUUGUCCAGGGCUCCAGAAACACUGGUUGUCAUUAGGACUGCAAAUCCCAAAGCUUUGAACCUCUAUGAGACACUUACUAAUAGUGACUGGUACUCACUGCAGAGGGACAAGGUGCUCAGGGCCAUGUUCAAAGGAUUGGAUGUCCAUCUGGUGGAUGCCUGGGAGAUGGUUGUGGCCUACAACCUGCCACACAGCCUCCACCCACAACCUCCCAUUAUCGAGAACAUGAUUAAUGUUCUCUUGUCCUAUAUAUGCCCUCACAAGGGUGGCUAGAUUUAUUUUUUAAGAGACCAGCCACGUGUGAGAUGGACUGCAUUUUAAAAAUCUUUUUAACAGGAAUUUGGGGUGGGAAAAAGAACCAAAGCAUGAUGGGGUACAACUAUCGAGAGUGGGGUUGGUACAUAAAAUUCACCAAGCGUAAGCAAAUUCCAUAAUGAAGUCAUCUACAAAAUACUGAUUGGUUUCAGUUACACGAUAUGGUAUUUAAUGUCACGUGUCCAGCUGCUUAUUUCUGAGAAAUAAAGUGCUCACUGCUG